AUGGUGAAAUCAAUUCAAGAUGGAAAGUCGAUCGACUUCAAUGCGAUCGCUCCAAGAUUGAACGCUCCAACUCAAACUGAAGCUGUUGCAAGAGAAACAGAGAUGGCCCAAAACAAGAUUCUCUAUUCUGCAAAGCUCGACGAAAACAUGCAAAGAUCAGCAAACAAGAGAACUGUCAAAUCAAACAUCAUGCUGAAGUUUGUGACAAAGGCGAUGGAUAUCAAGCUUCAAGGUGAAGCCGACUUCACGACUACUCUUGAAGAUCCUAUUGAACUCUUGAAACGUAUUGAACGAUUCAUGAAGAAGAGUGCUGAUGCUGAGUAUGAUUUCUUGGAUUUCUGGGAAGCAAAUCAAAAGUUCUUUGCUAUGAAGCAAGGAACAACCAAAAACUUGAUGCAUUUCAAGGAACGAUUCUUGAGACAGGCUGAAGUCCUGCAAGAUCUAUAUGGCGUGGCCUGGUUCCAAGAUUUUGCAGUCAAGACGAAAGCGUAUGCUGCUAUUGCUAGCACCGAUACUGCUGCUCAAAACAAGUUCAAGGAUGAUGUCUUUGAAGCCGUUCUUGCAACAGGAUUUCUAUGCAACAGUGAUUGA